CUUUCGUCCAUUUUAGCAGGUGAACUCAAGAACUAAUCUAUUUCUACACAAGCUCGCUAGGUAAAUCUUACCAAUAGCAUCUCUGGUGAAUGCCGAACAACUCGGCCCGUUGUUAACUCGGUCUAUUGCCAACUCUUUCCAUGACCAAGUCGGACCACAGCAUAGGAAUUCGGCCCAUUGCGUAUUCAACACAAAGAAGCACCUACUAGAAAUUACAAUAUAAAUUUCAUCCAUUCCCUUGAAACACACAAUGGAUAUUCACUCAGCACAGUGAGCUGCAGUCCACUGCUAAAAGCAGAAGUAUAAAAACUUCCUUUGCCUUAAUGCGGAGUCUCUAAUUUUGUUGUGUUACUGAUCAUCCUUCAUUAGGACAGACCCAUCACAGCCCAGCAUGAGUGCAGCCAACAUGACAGCCGGAGACAACUCCUCUAAGGCCAUGGGAGAGAAGGCCUCGCAGGUGAACCCCAUGGAGCAGUACCUGAUCCUUGCCAAGCAGGCCAAGGGGGCGGCAGCGGUGCAGCUGGUGAAGCAGGUCCUGGAGGCGCCAGAGGUGUACGUGUUCGGUGAGCUGCUGGACAUGCCAAACAUUACCAGUCUCAAAGGCACCCCACAACAUGCGCCUUACUAUGAGCUGCUGCAGUUGUUUGCGUAUGGCGUGUAUGGCGACUACGUGCGGGAGUCUGCCAAGUUCCCCACGCUGACGCCCACCAUGCUGACUAAGCUACGGCACCUCACCAUUGUCUCCAUGGCCACGGGGCAAAAGAGCAUCCCCCUGGCCACCCUCGGCACCCAGCUGGGCCUCACCUCCACCAGGGAACUUGAGGACCUCAUCAUAGAGGCCAUGUAUACAGACAUCAUCCAUGGCAAACUGGACCAGAAGAACGGUAUCCUGGAGUUGGACCACGCCAUUGGCCGGGACAUCAAGCCAGAGGACCUGCCCAACAUUGUGGCCACCCUGCAGUCCUGGUGUGAUACCUGUGACACAAUGCUCUCCAACAUCGACCAGCUCAUCACCCGCGCCAACACAGACAAGGAGCGACACCUCAAACACCGCAACUCCCUGGAGACUGAGGUGCUGAACAUCAAGGCAUCACUCAAGACGCAGGCGCAGGAGGGGGAUGAGGCACUGGUUUCCGAUUCCCGAGACCACGACAAGAAGCGUCCCGUUAAGAAGGGCAUUCGAGCCUCCUCCACUAAGUUCUGGCCAAAGAGUUCCUAGUGGGGGCUUCCUGCUAGCACCUCUCACUCUCCUCCCAGCACCCUCCAGCCCUGCCUUGACACCUUCCCCUUCCAUGCUCUUGUGUAUUUAUCCGAUCAGUGUGUUAGUUGACGUAUUUUCCUCUUAUCUUUUUAUUAAUUUUUCUUCCCUGUUCAUGAAAGAAAAGCAGGAAGAAUGGAGUGAUGGGUGGAUUAUAUAGUAAUUACAAGUUUCUAAUUGUAUCUACCUAUGAAGAAUAAUGAUAGGAGUUAAUGUCUUAUGAGGUCAUUUAUAUGUGGAAACUUAAAUUGUGUGGAUCACCCUGUGUGGAUUACUGGCCUGGUAUAUAGAGAGAUGGACAAAUCUAGUUGUCUAUAUAACAGAAUGUAAAGAAAUUGAAUACUAAUUAUGGCAGCAUCACUAAACUGGACCUCUCAUUUUCAUGGGGAGUUGAUUAGAAAGGGUACAAUAUUUGUGGACUCAGCCUUGAAAAGUGCUCCAGCACGUGUCAACUUUCCAGAUACCUCUUCCUGUUCCUGCUCCAUGUGUAAAGUAUUCUUAGUGCAAGACUCGCAUUAAAGUUUGCCUACAGUG